AUGCUCUACGAAUUAAUCGCAAUUGUCCGACCGGGCAGCCUCUCCGAGGUGAAGGAAAUCGCCCAAACCGUCGGUUCCCUCGUCCUCAAGAAUGGCGGUGUCGUCCGCGGUCUCGCCAACUGGGGUGUCUUCUCCCUACCGAAGCCUAUCUCAGUGCAUCAGAUGAAGCACACACACGGCCAUUACUUCGUCAUGCGAUACGAUGCUGCCUCAAAGGUUCACCAAGACGUACGAAACACAUUGCGCCUUGAGCCCCGUAUGAUUCGCGCCGCACAUGUCAAGCUCGGAGACGGAAAGCUUGAGUCAUUAGCUAGAUUUGGACCACCCAAGUGGAAGACGACUGGCAGUGAGGCAUAG